AUGAACUUCAUAGAAAACAACAUGGAAGUUGCGACUGCUGUCCAACAAAGCGACCAGGGGGAAGUGCUGGAAGCGCAAGUGGUGGCCAAUUUUCCACCUCGUCCAGAUGCUGUAGUUACAUUACUACAUCAAGACGACUUUUUGCCGGGAGUUCAAACCAUGUUGUAUUCCUUUCGCAAAAAGUUUUCCUUCCAUCAAACCUACCCACCCGAAGUUGUAGUGCUGGUCACACCGAAUGUUGACUUGGAAAAGGCCACUAAUAUCUUGAUGCCGGCACUGUGCACGCGGGUCAUGACCGUUGAAGAGUGGUGGCCACCAUCCCAAUCCAUUGACUCCCAAUUGAUGAAGGGUUUUGGCAAAUCCAACAAGCGCGUCUUGGACAAUCACAAUCCUGGGUGGACAAAACUUCGAAUAUUUGGCUUGCAACAAUAUGAAACAAUACUUUAUAUUGAUUCAGACUGUCUGGUAUUGAAGGACGUCUCUCAUUUGUUGGAUCUCAACAAGGUGUAUACCGAAUCUGAAGCUCUGGUGGCAGCCGCACCCGAUGUUCUUCCCCCAUCCAACUUCAACAGUGGAGUCAUGGUCAUUCGGCCUUCCACACAGGUAUUUCAGACUUUGCAAAAGAAUGCCGAGCAUUUGACCACCUUUGAUGGGAGUGAUACGGGAUAUUUGAAUGCCUACUAUCCAACUUGGUUUACGGAUUUUCCUCCCGAUGCCCGAUUGUCCGCAGGCUACAAUGCCCAGACAGAGCUCUACGAACGGACCAAAGACCCCAAAACGGGCGAAUCUUCCUUUUGGGAUGCUCAAUUGUCCCAUGAUUUGCACAUUAUUCAUUACUCGGAGCCAAUCAAACCAUGGCAAACGGAAUCUAGCGAUGAGACGAAUUCACUGCACACCCUUUGGAAAUCCUGGUAUCAAAAGAGUAAGAAUUUCCUACUCCGCGACAAGAAGGAACGAGCCAAGCAAGAAAAGGAACGACUGGCCAAAAAGCAGAAACUAGAACAAGAAGCUGCUGCAGCUAGAGAAGCAGCAGCCAAGGACCCCAAGCGUGCCCAUAAACUAGUGACCAAGCGCUACAAAGAACUCCGGGCUCAAGGAAUGUCAACACAUGACGCAAUGCAACAAGCGCGACAUGAAAUCUUGCCCAAUGACUCAUCCCAGCCGGAUGCGGGUUCCCAGGUGGCUGCCAUGUUUGGAAUGCAAUGA